CCAAGUCUCCAUCCGUCUCGUUCCGGGUCUAUCCGCCACAACCACAUCUUGAAUCCCACUCAACACAAUGACAGCAAACUACGACGCCGUUGUCGCCGGCGCCGGCCCGGGAGGCUUGGCCAGCGUUGCGGCACUGCUGGACGCGGGAGCCCAGAGGAUCCUCUGGGUCGAUCCCGAGUGGCGCGGCGGGCGAUUGAACGGGAUGUACCGCGAGAUCUCCUCCAACACUACCGUAGCCAUCUACCUGAAAGCCAUCUACUCAUCGGCCGCCUUCCGGUCGAUCAUCGACUCGACCCCGGCCCCCCACGCCAUCACUCGCCUCGAGGAAAUGGACCAUAACUCCACCUGCCAGCUCAGCAUAGCCGGCGACAUGAUCUGCAUGCUGAUAGACGGGCUGCUCGCGCGGCCGGAGGUCGAGAAACUCGUGGGCAAGGUCGAGGAAGCACGUCUCGAGAACACCACCUGGGCGAUCACCACCACCCCAACAAUCCCCGACCAACCCAUCACAGCCCACCGCCUCAUCCUAAGCACAGGCUCGCACCCAAAGCGCCCAAAUACCCACGAACACCACAACCCUUCCAUGAAAACCCUAGACCUAGACACUUGCAUGCAACGCUCGCGCCUCCCCGCCCUCCUGCCCGCAGAUACCCCCUUAAAAAUCGCCGUAAUCGGCAACUCCCAUUCCGGCAUUCUCGUCGUACGCAACCUCUACGAACUCGCCGAAUCGGGCACCCGCACCCUGAAGAUCCUGAACUUUUACCACCGGCCCAUAAAAUACGCUGUCUAUACAGACGAUGGCAUUAUAUUUGAUAACACGGGUCUGAAGGGCGCGACGGCCGAGUGGGCGAAGACGGUACUUGAGAAGGAUCCUGACCGUAACAUUGUCGAGUCGGUGUGCGUGAGUGAGGAUGAGGAGGCGGUGUUGGCGCGCGAGUUGCCCUCGUGUACGCAUCUGGUUUAUGCGGUGGGGUAUGAGAGGGGGCCUUUGCCUCGGGUGGUGGUGGAUGGGAAGAGGGUGGAGGGGGUGUUGGAGUUUGAUAUGCGGUCUUCUGGGUUCAAAGUUCCUGGGAAAGGGGAGGUGAGGGGGUUGUUUGGGGCGGGCAUUGCGUUUCCUGAAGAGGUUAAGGAUCUGGAGGGGCAUGUUGAGGCUGCUGUUGGGAUGGCGAAGUUUGUGAGCUUUACGCAGAGGGUUAAGGGGCGUUGGAUGGGGUUGGAGGGUUGAUGUCUGGUGUAUGGGUGGUCAGGGGUGCGGCGCGGGAGAUUCUAUGCGAUCUGGUUUAGAAUCUGAUCUCGUGGAAGUUUCGGUUCGAAGAUAAUGGUUUAGAGUUGGGUUGUGUUCAUCUGGUGUGGUCGUGGUCAAGAAAAGUGAAUGGAAGUGCGCAGGCAAUAUCUCGCGACGGCACUUUUAGUUGUAUCGAAUAUCCAGCGCAUAGACGUCAUUUCCAUAGAAAUAUCGAAG